AUGUCAAAGCAAUUUCAUUUAUUUAAAAAAGCUGUGAGAGGUGAAGUAGAAGAGAAUAUAUUUUUUACCUUAUGGGACUUUCUAGAGUCCUGGACUUCUCAAAAUGAUUGGAUGGCAAUCUUCUUUAUAAUUUUCCUAGGAAUUAUUUUUGAGAUCAUACUCAUAAAGAUUUGUACAUCCUUUCAGAAAAAGCCUGCACUUCCUGAAAAGGGUAGUUCAGAUUCCCAGGAGAAUGACGACAGUUCCCUGAAAAGCCUGACAUUUGAUAAUUGGUCAAUUCACUCAUCUUCAGAAGAAAGAGUUGAUGACUUUUCAGAAAGAACCAUUGCUUCAUCACUUACAUCUGAAGAAAGUGAAGGUAACGUUGAAAAAAGAGCCUUACCAGCAGAUGAAAUAAUUUGUGCAGGUAGCAGUGAAAGUAAACAUCAAGUAUGUUACUUUAGUGAAAGUCGUACGGCAUCUUCAAAUGGGACUAGCUCAUCUUUGUCACUGUUUCAUUCAGAAAUAAAGAAAAUUAUUCUAAGCCAUAGAGGAUAUCCAGAAAAUGAAAAUAAAAUACAAUUUUCAUCAAAGAACUUAUUUUCAAUAAUGAAAACCAACAAAAAUAAAAGCUUAAUGUUUUCCUCUGACUUUAACUUUCCAAGAACUUCUGGAAUCACUAUGGAAAGUGAAGAUCUAGAUGUGGCACCAUGCCCUCCUGCCCAUUUGUUUCUUUCUGGAGACCAAGUCAAACUUCUGGAAGAAAAUGUGAAAAAUCAAAUUCCUUUAAAACCCAAUGCUACAUUACAGAGUAAAAUUCUGUGCUCAAGAUCUCAAGGGUCCUUGAUUCAGAAUCAACAUUCUGUUAGAAUGGAUAUUUCUGCACAAAUACAAGAUUCUUUUCCAGGACAAAGUGCUCUUCAGAAUCAGGGUUUUUAUGAAACCCAAUUUACUAGUCAAGCUCAACAAUUUGUUAAUCACCAAGACUUAAUCAACAGCCAGACUAAUAUUGAGGCCAGACACUUCGCUCCACUUCAAGAUUUAAGGAGAAAACCAUUUUCCAGCAGCACACAAGACCCCUUCCAGACCCAAGAUAUGGACAGAAGCCAACAUUUGGUCAAAGUCCCAUGUUCUGUUGAGACUCGAGGUUCAGUCAAAGGCCUCAAGUGUGAUAAAAAUCCCAGAGAUGAGAUCCAAUAUUCUGUUUGGUCUGAAGAUUCAAAUAAGAUCAACUAUUCACUCCAGGGGAAAAAUACUAUUUUUAAGAAUGCCAGAUUUCUAGUUUUAACUCUGAGUCCAAAUUCAGUUGCUGAAGGGAUGCCACAACUAAAGAGUACAAAGCCAGAGGGCCAGAAACAAAUUGCUACAUCAAAAUUAAACCAGUAUUCUGUAUAUGGCUCAGUAUCUCUUUCACCUGCCAUUAAAAGGCAGAAAAACAAAAGAAAAGCAUUACACAAUAAAAGUAAAUUUAGUCUCAAAGGUCCAUCUCCAAAGUCAAAGAAAACACCAACUUCAUGGGUAUUUCAAAUCACAGUAUGUCACAAUUCAAAACGUCGCAAGUUAGGAUGCAAGUAUAACAGUAAGAAGAAAGAAUUACAUCCAAUUGAGGAACUGGAAUGCAAUACUAGAAGCAACAUUAAAAAUAUGGAAGAUAAAAGAAUAUCUGAUGCAUUUCACAAUGCCACCAACACUACAAUUUCUGAACCAUCUGAUACAGAAAUGCAUGGCGAAUUAAAAGCCAAAACAGAUACACCAAGAAUAAUAGGGCUUAGUCAUUCAGUGGUAAAGCAAAAAAAAUUACCAGAUGAAAAGAAAAUAUGGAAUGCAAAAUACAUUGAGAAGAAAUGUAUAUUUAAAAAGCCACAAGAACAUAACAGAGAGGAAGAGGAACAAACUCUGCAAGAAGCAGUUUCACAGCUUUCAGAAGAUUUCAGGUUCAGCCUACAACUAAAGCAGAAGCCCAAAUAUAUCAAAUUUCAAAUAGGACAGAGCAGUUCAGGAAGUAGAAAAACUCAAAAUAAAGAGCAAGAGCUACAACCACAAACUCUUUCUACACAAACGAUUUUGGGGACUAGUCCAUGCCCCACCAUGAAUCCAUUUCAAGUUGAGAAGGCGAAGCAAAGCAGAGGCAGACUGACAGUCAGAGAAACUGAAGAUCUGAAGAAUCCUCUUACAGUGCCAGAGAACUUACCAGCUAGUGAAGUUUUCACUGAAACACCAGAACAUGGUACCUCACUUGGUGAAAGCCCCAGAAAGACACUGCAUGAUCAUAUCGCAGAAGAAAAGGAAGACUUAAAAAGACUUUCACCGGCAGUUGCCCUGAGGUCUUUCAUUAUCCACAUACUUCCUUUAUCAUAUUUUAAAAGGCAGAAAAUCAGAAAAAAAAUAUCAGGAACAAAAAGUGUACUCAAUCCCAAAUGUGUAAAUAUGAAAGUAAAGAAGCCAGCAAUUUUACUGAUGCCUUAUAUCAACAGACGUGGGACUCCAAGUCAUAGAAAAAGAUUGAGAGGCAAUUUAAAGAUCCUAAUUAAACAGAUGUUGCCAGAUAAAAUUAUGGCAGAUGUGCUUCUGAAUGUUACUUGCCCUCACAUGUCUAGUUUGCCUCAUAUUAGAACACACAGCAGAUUAAAUGCAGAGAAUCACAAUCAUACUAAGCUAAAACAAGAGAAAUCACAAAUUGAGUGGGAAGAAAAAUGUUCAGAUUCCAUUAAUAAAGAAUUAAUAGAAGACUCUGGAAACACAGUAGAAGAAGCUAAAUUGCAAGAGGAAUUGAGAGGGGACAAAGAAACUCCACCAGAAGCAGUCCUUCAUGAUAGUUGGAAUCUCAGAUUGGAUGCACAUCCAGAGAUGGAGCUUAACACAGAGGAAGAAAUGCAUCAACCAAUUACAUCUGCAGAAACCAUUAUGGAGUCUCUUUCCUCCUCCAUAAUGGAUCCAUCUCAUGUUGAGAAUAUGAAGAAAAGCCUAACCACCCAAACAGACUUAAAAUGCACUGAAGAUUCUGAGAUACCUCCUCCAACGUCAGAAAAAUCACUCAUUGGAGACCCUUUAAACCAAACAAGAGAAAGUGAUGUUUCAGAUACAAGGGAAAUGGGUUACUGUUUUGCAGAAACAAGGGCAGAAUUAUCAAAAGAUUUACCCGCAACUUUUCCACAGACUUUUAAUUGUCACAUGCCUGGUUUAACUCAUUCUAAAGUGAAGGAAAAGAGGGUAAGAUUCACACACAUAGAUUGUAUAGAGAGACCCAAGUCUCUACAUAUCAAGACAAUUAAACCUUCAGUUUCACAAUUAUUUAAUGUCACAGGUCACAGAGAGAAACUGGAAUCCAACUUUAAGACCAAGUUUGAAAAGAUCAACCAAGCUAAUGGAUUGGUAUAUGAAUUUCUAAAUGCCCUUUAUUCUCCCAUGCAUAGCAGAUUACAAGUAGAGACAAACGGCCUAUGUCAUGCGCACUUAAAGCAAGGAGAACUAACAGAUGAAGGGAGACCACGGUAUGUUGAUAAGAGUAGUGCAUUCAACAACAGAGAAGCAAAAGUGCAAGAUGGAGAGGAAGUGGAGCAAAAACCUUUGCUAGAAGCAGCUCCACAGCGUACCCGAUACCUCUCAGGGGAUGGAUGUCAAGGGAAGGAGACCCAUCUUGACAAACCAGACCCAGCACUGAACUGUUUAACACAGGAGCUACAGGACCAAACAUGCUUUACAAAAACUGCUUUGCAGACUGACCUCCAGAUGGGUCCUAGAGAAGCUGAGGAACUCCAGAAAACCAACAAAACAGAAAAUGCCAUAACAGCUCCUAGGGGUCUGAAAAUUCCACCUCCCAAAGCUCUACCAGCUCCAGAGAAUAGCCGAGACUUCAUGUUCCAUGCAUAUCAGGAGAACUGUGACCUUGUUAAAUCAGAUGAGGAAAUGAAACAACCAGAAAGUAUAUAUAUUCAAGUACAACCACAAAUACGUCUUAUACAAACUAUUUUGGAUUCUGCUCCAUGCCCCAUAUUGGAUCAUUUUCAAUUUGGAAAUGUAGGAAACUGUGCUAGCUUUUCACGUCCAAAGUCAAGGAAAGCAAAGACUGAUGAAAUCAUAUGUUCUGCAACAGAGUGUGGUGUUCCAUCUGAAGCAAACCAUCCAAAGGAACAGGCUGGUGAUAUUGAAAAGAAAGAGACAGUAACUUUUGACUGCUGCAUGCCUGCUUGUGCUACAUCCAAAAGGAAGAGAAACUUCAAACAAUAUUUAGGCAUGAAAACUUUCGUGAAUCCCAAAUGUAAAAUUUUAAAAGCAAAGAAACCAUCAAUUUCAUACAUACUCAAUAUCAAGGGUGGUACUAGUCCAAGCCAUAGAAAAGAAUUGGGAUUUAACUUGAAAACCAAAAUGAAAGAGGUGCAUCAAGAUAAAAAAGUGGCAGAUAAAAUGUGCUCCUUCAUGAGUAUUAUACAUGACAGUAAUAUGUAUAACGAUAUAAGAAGGGAAAAAGACAUGGUAGGAGAAAAAAGACUGAGUUCUAAACAAGUAAGGCAAGCGAUAUCACAUGAAGGGAGUAUUACUUCAGAUAACAUCAAAGAAACGAAUCAUCACGGUGAAGAGGAAGAAGAAAAUGAACAGGAGACAUUAUUAAAAGUAGUUCUACCACAGAGCCAACAUUUCAUAUUCUAUUCAGACCAGAGGAAGGAGCUUGAUCUUCACAAAUCAGAAAACGAAAGAAGUAGGAAAAUUCUGUUUGUUACGGAACAAGACAUCCCACAACAAAUGCAGCCUACAGAUCCAGUGCAGGUAGAGGAACCAACGAGAAGCCACCAGACACAAAAUGGUACAAUAUAUACAGCAAGUUCAAAGCUUCCUAUAAUAAAGUCAAAGGAAUCACUAAUUGGUGAAGUUUUAAUAGAUACAAUGAAAUGUAGUCACCCAAGUGAUGGGAGCCAUAUGGAGGAAUUAUAUAGUCGUGGUAAAGAGGAAAAGGCAGAGUUUAAAAAAGAUCAACAAGCAACUAUCCUGGAAUCUUUGGAUGUCACCACACCUGAUCCAUCUGAAUCUAAAAGGCAGAGAAAGACAUUUACAUGUACAGCCUUAAAAAGCAAAAUGAGUCCCAAAUGUAUAAUUGUGAAGGCAAGGAAGACACCAAUUUCAAAGAUAUUUAAUAUCCCAGGGAAUGCGUGUCUAAAAAGUCUACCUUCAAAGACCCUGAAAUCACAGAUUAUUGACUUUUUAAUUCAUAUAAUAUAUUCUGUGGUACUGGAAGAUCUUACAGUUGAGAGAAAGGCAGGAUUAGCACAAGAAUUACCAGCAAUGCUUCUCGAGUCUUUGGAUUUAUCAACAAUUGCUUUACCUGCAUCAAAGAGAAACAAUUUAAAACUUAUACACAAGAAAAAUAAAAUGAAUCUCAAACAUGUGACGUUGAAGGCAAAGAAGGCACCAAUUUCCCAGACUUUUAAUAUCACAAAACGUGCUACACCAAUCCAUGGAAGUCAAUUUGAAUGCAACUUCAAAACCAUGAUGAAGCAAGAUCAACCUGUGGCACAUAUCAUUCUAAAUGCAAUUUCCUCUGCCAUGCCUGUUUCACUUGACAGGAAAGUGCAUAGUAUAGUAAAAGGAGAAACAGACAUGCCACGGAAAAUGAGAUUCAGUCAUGAACUGAAGGCAAGACAGCAAUCACCAUAUGGAGAGAGAGCCUGGUGUACCGAUUCCAGUGAUAAGAGGGACAGCAUCUCAAAUAGCACAAAGGAAGUCGAAGUCCGAGGUAGAGAAGCUCUUUGGAAUUCUCAACACUUUACGUUCAGUGCUCAUAAGAUGAAGGAGCCUCACUUUGUGAAAUCAGAUCUAGAACUGAAGAGUUCAGCAAGGAAUAAAAUCCGAGAAUCACAUACCACAGCGCAGGAGCUGCAGCAACAAACACUUUUCACACAAAGUGUAUUACAUUCGAUUUCUUGUUCUAUUUUGAAUUUACUUCCACUUGAGAAGCUACCAAAAAGAACAAACCCACAAAAAGGAUUAAACGCGACGGGGAGUCCAAAGAUUUUAUCUCUAAUGCCCAGGAAGUCAAUUAGUGAAUCUUUCAUUGUUACAGCAAAGAGAGGCAUCCCAUUUGAAAAAAGCCCUAGGAAGGAAGUUGGCAGUUCUAUUCCAGAGGGAGAGAUAAGGUUACAAAAGGAUUUCCAAGCUAGAACCCUAGAGUCUUUUGAUUUCUCCAUGCCAGUUUCAUCUGAGUUUAAAGGGCAGGGAAGUGCAGCACAAAUCCAUGAGCCUAGACCUGGGCAAGCAAAGAUGGCAUCAGUUUUAAGGACAGUUAACAUCACUAGGUCUAGUGCCCUUAGCUGUGGAAAGGAACAGGACCGCAUCUUGGAAAACACGACCGAAGAAAUACCUCUAGAAAGGAAAAAUCUUACAUAUUUUUGGAGUCUAAAGACUCCAUUUCCAAAAGCAGGGAAAUCAGAGACUGACUUAAUACAAUGUGACACUCUCUGGGAUGGAAAUCCUAGGAAGAAAUGGGAUAGUCCUGUUUCUGAGAGAAAGGCAUGGAAUAAAAAUGACUUAGCAAUAACAUUCUUAAAACCUUUAGAUUUUUCCAGCCUUGAUUCCUCUGAACCUGAAAGCCAGAGCUACACAUCAGAGUUUGUAGCCAAGAAACAUAUAAUGAGUCCCAAGCAUGUAACUUUGAAGGUAAGGAAACCACCAAAUUUACAUUUGCUUAAUAUCACAGGGUAUCUUACAGAAAGCCAUAAAAAGAAAAAGCAGGACAAAUUUAAGUACAAGAUGAAAGAGAGGCAAUUGAAUGAAAGUGUGGGAGAGCCGUUAUUCCAUGCCACUGAGGGAGCUAAGAUUCCACCACCCAAACUCGUGAGUGAUAAAUCCUCAUUGGAUACAACAGUGAGGGGUGCUCUGUAUAACAGAACACUUCACAACAAUCUGGAUCGUCAUAUUACCGAAGAAAUGGCAGGAUUAGGGGAAAACUUAGCCACAACUUUCUGGGGGCCUUUAGAUUUUACCUUUCCUGUUUUAUCUGACUCCGAAAGCCAGAUAAACACAGUACAAUUAUCAAAAAAGAAAAUCACACCGAAUCCUAAAUGUUUAACUCUGAAGAAAAAGGAGAGACCAAUUUCACAAAUACUUAAAAUUAAUAGGCAGUUUACCACAAAACACAGGGAAAAACUUAGAUCCAAUUUACAAAUCAAAAUGAAAGAGAUGCCGCAAGGUAAAAAUGUGGCUGAUACAUUUCCAAAUGCCAUUUACUUCACAUUCAAUAUCUCUGACAUUAAAAGGCAAAGCAGAUUGGAAACAGAGAUAGACAGAGUAUCAAAGUUUAGUCCUAUACAACCAAUACAAAUGGAUUUAUCAAUUAAAGGGCCGGAGAUUUCACCAUCACUUAAUGCCGCAGGUCAUUCUGCUUUAAGCAUUAAUAAGGAACAAGAACAGAAGAUAGAUAUAGAGAAAGAUAAAAAUGAAUUAAAUGCAGACCUAAAAUUUAGACAUGCUUCUAUGCCUAUUCAACUGCACAUAAAAAUGGAGCAUUCACCUAAUACGUGUGAUAUCUAUGAAGAAUGUUCUGAAAAGAGAAAUGCCCUAAACAAAGCAACAGUUAGGGAGAAACAAGAGUAUGAAAAGCAGGUUUUAUUUAGAACAAUUCCACAGUAUAUCCAGCCAUUUGAAUUUGGAGCAGAUCAAAUGAGAGAGCCAGGUCCUUUGAAAUCAGAAGCACCCUUAAUUAAUACAGUAUGCCCCAAGGACAUCACUUCUCAGAAAACAGACAUUGAUUUAAUAGAUCAAAAGGCAAAGAUAAAAGCUGUGGAAGAGUUUAGUCCAGAGUCUGUUUCUUUCUCUAAGAUACAUCUACUUCAAAUCAAAACGCAGAAGACAAAAUGUAAAACUGCCAACUGGCAAACAAUGGCAAAUCCCAAGAUUCUGAUUCCAAAGAAACAGCAAGAACCACGUGCCUCAGGAACUAUCUGGAGUCCUGCCUCUGCUGACACACUUAUGUAUCCUAAAAUCAGAAAACUGAAAGCCAGGGCAAAAGCAGCAGAUGUGAAAAACAGUGUACAUACUAAACAGGCAAAAUUAAAGGCAAAGAAACCACUUGAUUCCCAGUUGCCUAAUACUACAGGAUAUGGAACCCAAAGCAACAAAAAGGAAAUGAGAUGUGACAUUAAUACACAGAAGAAGGCAUUCCAGCAAGGUAAAACUGUAGCAGAUUUAGUUCUGAGCACUAUUUGUGACUCUGGAUCUAUUCCAUCUCAAAUUAAAGGUUUUGUGGUAGUAAAAGGAGAGACAAGCAAGCCGAGAAAGCUGAUACGCAUUCCUCCACCGCUAAAGUUGAACAAAUCACUAAGAAGAAAAAUGUCAUCUUCACAGUCCACUGAUAAGAGUGUUAUAUCAAGAAAUAUUAAAACACUGAAACAAUGUAUUAGAGAGCAAAAGGAAAAACACCAAACUGUUUUACUAGACCUUCUCUCACAAUGUAGAGAUCAGUCAAGGGAAAUCAAUUACACUAGGUUUGACAUCCCCAAAAUUAGAACACAUACAGAAAUGGAAUUCCUUACUGCACCAAGAGUAAAGGAUAGAGAUGAAGACAUUGUUGAAUGUUCAGUUUCAUUUCCAUGGGGGAGACAAGCAUCAGAGAAAACUGAUAAUUCAUUAAGUUCAAAAGGACAGAAUAUGUUCCUUACAGAGUUGGAUGCUUCUCAACAGAAGAUACGCAAAGAGCAAGAACCGCUGAAACAAGGAAGUACUUCAAUGAGAAAUCUGCAGUCUACUGCCUGCUCCAUUAUGGAAUCUCCUCAUUUGGAAAACACAGGAAAGGUAACUGAGAAAGACAUUAACAGAAAAAAUAUUUCACAUCUAUUGGGAAGAGAAGGAUUAAAAGAAACUGAUGUCUUACAAGGACAGAAAUUUCUCUGUAUAAAUCUAGAAGUAUAUCAAAAUAUGUCUACAGUGAAACCAGAUCACGGCCCUGAAAGUAUUUUGGAUUCUGUAUCUGGCCCCAAUAGGGAACCUCUUCAUGUAAAGCAGGCAGUAAAUGCAACAAGGAAAGAAAAUGUUAGCAUACCUAUAAGCUUAGAUGUAAAUCCAUGGAAAAAAGAGCAAUUAAAGUUAACUGAUAUUCCAUUAAAAUCAAGUAGACAGAAAAUGAACUUUUCAAAAAAAACAAGGGCAAAGGAACUCAAUAGUUCUAACCAGAAUAAAGAAAAUAUUCUGGUAUCCAUUUCCUCUCGCAUAUUGCAUCACCUCCAUAUUAAACAGCUAAAGAAGGAAGUCUCAGCAGAAGGAAUAAGUUCAACAGUUUUAAGUCCAAUGGUAGAGAAGUCAUCAAAGGAAGCAGGUAUUCCAGUGGACCAACCUCCGUGCUCAGAAGGAAUUAAUUUGCAUAUUAGAGGAAGAAAAGAACAGGAACAAGAGAGUAUAUGCAAGGUUCUUCCAACAUCUAUUUCUCAUUCUUCGUUGGAUAUACUUCAGAUUAAGUCUCCACGGGUAAAGAAAGCAUUAAAAGUCAUAGAUAGUCCAACAUACCACACUUCAAAUACAGAAGGAAAGAAAGAGCAACCAGAAUGAACUGGCUCACUUAUUACAAGAAAAGGAGAACAGCAAGAAAUAUGUACAUGUGAGGCUCUUCCAAAGCCUGCAUCCCACUCCAAAUCAAGUUUACUUCAAAUUAGUACCCCAGUGCAACAAGUAAAAUUAGAUGACACAAACAUGAUGCAUUGUGAAUAUUUAACUUCACAAGCUAAAGAAGCAUUAAAAGGAAUGGAUGACAUAGUUGGAUAUACUCAAAAAAGUGAAAAAAGACAAAACUUACUUAGUAUAGAACAAAAACAGCAGCAUCUGUUGAUCCCCUGUGAGAAUUUUCUGGGACAUAUGUCUUACCCUCAAAAUGAUCCCUGGCUCCUGCAACAUUUAAUGCCUCAGACAAAGGAAGCAUUAGCAGAAGUAGGUAAUGUGUCAAGCAGGACAAAAGGAUUAGAUUUGUUUUCUAAAGAUCAGCCAAAUACUGUAUGUGCGUAUGGACUGGAAUGUAUUGUACCCUCGAUUCUUCCAAAGCAAAUGAAAAAACAAAAUACAACACUGCCUUUAGAAUCAUGCAGUAAAACUAUAAAGUAUCUGAAUGUUUCAUUUCCAAAAGGGAAGAAAUCAUCAGAUAGGGCACAGGUAGUUGAUUUAAUAUCUAAUUGUAGCUCCUCCAAGCUAAGAAUUAGAAAGAUGGAGCAAUCAUGUAAGGCAUAUCAUAAAAAGGUGCAAAAAGAAGUAUGUUUACCUGGAAGGUUUUUACAUUCUCCUUCUAUCUUUAUGCCUCUUUUGCCUGAUAGUAAAAUACAGAAGAAUAGCAUAAAACAAAGAGUUAAGAAAGACAUAAUAUGCUCCAAAAGAAGAACCUUGAAGUUGAAGAAAUCGGUAUUUCCAAAUAUACUCGAUAUCACUGACUGUGAUACCCCAGGCAACAGACCAGAACUGCAGUGCAACAUAAAAGAGAAAAUGGUAAAUAAGACACAAAGAAAGGGUAAACCUGAUUUGGUUGUCACAAAUAUAUAUGAGUUUAUCCCUUCUUUACCCCACCUCAAAUUGAAUAAACUGACAGUUGAUGGGAUUAUUGCAAAUAAUUUAAAAAGAACAAAACAACAUAUGUCACAGAAAAAGGAGAAGGACAGAACAAAAGGAGUCAAUAUGAAAGGAAUAAUGGAUCUCAACGUGAUUUUGAAGGGAAAGAAAUCAUCACUGUCACAUAUACUUAAUAGAAAGGAGCUGCCUGUGCAAAUAAAGCAAGAGAGCAAGGUGCAGAUAGGUAAAGGUAAAUCAGAUGUGAAACUGACAACCUUGUGUACUUCCUUACCAUCUUUAUCAUAUCCUAAUUUGAAUUCAAGAAUAAAAGUAGGAAAAGAUAAAUCAGGAAUACCAAGGAGCUGUCUUCCACAACUAGAGCUCCAGGCAUCAUCAAAUGUUAGGAAAAUGUCAUUUGCAGAGUCAAUUAAUAGAGAUAGUUUAAGCAAUGUAAUAGAACCAAAACAAUAUUUGCCACAGAAAAAGAGGGAAGACAGAGAAAAUAUUGCAUGUGUGAAAGACAUAAUGGGUGUCAAAUGUAUCACUUUUAAAGGAAAGAAGACAACGUUUAAACACAUGCUGCAUGGAAAAGAACCACAGUGGAACAAUAAAGAACAAGAAAAAAUGAUGCAGGAAGAUAAAAGUGAUCUGGAUGUAGUUCAGAAUAAACCCUAUGCUUCCAUUCCUUCUUCACCUUACCUGGAAUGGAGUCCUGGAAUAAAAGAAAUAUACAUGCGAAGAAUAACAAGAUUCUGUUUUCCAUCAACACUCCAAGAAUUAACAGAUGCAGUGGGAACAUGUGAGGAGCCAACUGAUGAAACUUUAAGCAGUAUUAAAAAAGCAAAGUAUAUGCCACAGAAAGAGGAAGAUAGAGUUGAAAUGGCUUUGGAAGAAAUAAGGCAUCCCCAAAGAAUAGCUUUGAAGGUGAAGCAGUCUCCAAUUGCACAGGAAUUACAGUUGAACAUCAAAGAAAAAGAGAAAAAGAUGCAGGAAGAUAAAGAUAAACAAGUUGGGAUUCAGAGCAAAUUUUGUGCUUCCGUCUCUUUUCCACCUUACUCUGCAGUGGAUACAAGAAUAAAAGGAGAAGCAGCUAUGCUAAUAAAGACAAGAUCCUCUUUUCUACAACCAAAAUUUCAGGGGUCAUGGGAUAUAGGAAAAAUAGCAUAUAAAAAGUCUAUUUAUGGUGAUAUCUCAAACAGUGUGAAAAAAGCCAAAGAACAUAUAAUGCAGGAAAAAGAUGAGAGAAUAAAACUGGCAAAAAUCAUACCUUUGAAGAAAAGGAAAUCACCAAUUUCACAGGAAAUCCAAUGGGACAUCAAAGAGCAAGAGAAAAAGAUACAAAAAUUUCAAUGUAAAUCAAGUGUGGUGCUGACCAAUACCAGCAUUUCCAUGCCUGAUGCUUCUCAUUUAAAAUUGGAUACGAAAAUUAAAAAAGCAGACUAUUUCACUGAAGUAACAAGAUACUCUCUUCCAGAACUAUCACACCAGAAAUCAUCAGAUGCAGGGAAAAGAGAACAUACAAAGUCACUCGGUAUCAUCUCAACUGAUGUAAAAAUAGGACCGGACUAUGAGCCACAGAAAGGAGAGAAUGGAGGAAAAACAGUAAAUAUGAAAAAUAGACUGUACUGCAAAGGCACGACUUCUAAGGCAAAGACAUUACCACUUCCACAUGUACUUAGUACCCCUAAAGGCUGUGGCCCCCAAAUUAGAGAAGUAGAGACAAACGUAAAAGAAAAAUUGGGACACAUACAGGAAAGGAAAAGUGAACUAGAUGAAGUUCUGACAAGACUUUCUCUACCUCAAUUUAAAUUAAACAAAGGUAGAGAAGGCAAGGAAGAGAAACGAGAAAUAACAAAACCUGUUCUUUCAUGCUCAAGGCAGAGGGAAUCAUCAGAUGCAGACAAAUUAAAAUAUACAGUGUCACCUUUGAAUGAUGUCUCAAGUGAUUCAAAAAGAACACAAUACAUGAUGCAGAAAGAAGAGGAUAAAGCAUAUGCUUUUGAGAAAGACAUCAUGCAUCCCAUGUGUAUAGCUUUGAACUCAAAGAAAUCACCCCUUUUCCAUAUACUCAAAACAGAAGAAUUGCAAGUGAAAAUCGAAGGGCAAGUGAAAGGGGGGCAGGAAAGUAACAAGGAAACAAUUGUGCUUCUGAGUGAAAUUUGUCCUGUUACUUCCUUAACUCAGCUUAAAUUGGAUGCAAUAAAAGAAGAGGAAGGUGAACCAGUAAUAAUAAGGAAUGAUGUGCCAUGUCUUGAGCUCCAGCAGUCAUUGUCUUCAGGGCAAAUAGCCUCUACAAAGUGCGUUGAUAGCUAUGUAGAGAAAGGAAAACAACAGCUACCACAGGAAGAAAAGGACAGAGUACAAAACAGAACCAAAGUAGACAAAGACUUACUUGAAAUUACAGGAUUGUCUCCUUUACAAUUACAGCUCCCUGUGUCAUCAGGUGCUGGGAAAAUCAAAUAUGCAGAUUCCAAUGAAGGUAUUAGCUCAUGUCGUGUAAUAAUAAAAGUUAAUCAACAUAUGCCGUGUAAAGAGGCAAAGGACAGAGUACAAGUAGAAGAUGGGAAAGGUAGGAUAUUCCCCCAAAUAACUUCAAGAGCAGAGAUAUCACCACUUACACAUCUGCUCGGUAGAAAGAGACUACAUUUGAAUCUUAAAGAGCAAGGGAAAGAUGUGCCCAAAGGCCAAGGUAAGCCAGAAGUGGUUCUGAGGAAAACUUCUGCUUCCUUACCUUUUCCAUCUCACCUGAAACAGGACACUAGAAUGAAUGGAAAGGAAGACACAGUAGGAGUAACACAAUCCUAUUUUCUAGCACUGAAGAGUCGGGAUCCAUCCAAUUCAGGCAAAACAACAUAUACUAAGUCAUUUGAUGGUCAUAUGUUAAAAGAGGAAGAUAGACUCAAAAUAGAUAUUGAAGACAACAUACACCCAAUACAUAUGGAUCUGAAGGCAAAGACAUUACCACUUCCACAUAUACUCAAUAACACAGAAUUGCAGUGGAAAAUUAAAGAGCAAAAGAGAAAAGUACAGGAAGAUAAAAAUAAACUAGUUACAAAUGUGAAAAGCAUUUGUACUUCACUUACCCUACCAUAUCUUAAAUUUGAUGCAACAGAAGAAGAGGGGUACAUGAUAAGAAUUCCUAAAUUGACUCUCCCACAACUACAGUCCAAGGAAUUAUCAGAUGCAGCGAAAACAGCAUAUGCAGAAACAACUGAUGGAGAAAUUUCCAAUAAUAUAAAAGAAUUAAAAGAAUGCGUGCUACAGGGAGAAGAGAAGGAUAGAGAGAAAAAAGUGGAUGUGAAUGGUAUAGUGGAUCCCAGUGACAUGCAUUCAAAUGUAAAAAAAUCAUCUAUUUUACUUACAUACAAUCUAGGUGACCUGCAGUGGAAAACUAAAGGGCAAGAGGGAAAGGUUCGGGAAGUUCCCUGUGAGCCAGCGGGUGUAGUGAUGACUAAGACUUGUACUUAUACAUCUUCGCCACUUCACCUUAACGUGAAUACCAGAAUCAAGGAGAAGAGCAUGGCGACAUUAACCAGCUCCUCUGUUUCCCCAAUACACGUCCAGGGAUUAGCAGAUUCCGAGGAAGUGGUAUAUGUAGGGCCAAGUAUGAGGGAUAUUUUGAUCAAUCCACAAGAAGAAAAACAGUGUAUGCCACAGAGCAAGGAAGAAGAUGGAGUGGAGACAAUAAACCUCAUGUUCCCCAAACAUCAAGAAAAGAUACAGGAAAGUAAAGAUGACCCAGGUGUGCUCCUGACCCAAUCUUCCACUUCAUUACCAUCUCUCUCUCACAUCAAAUCGGAUAAAGAAAUACUAGUAGAUGGCGAAAUGCUAGUACUUAAAAGGUCUGUUUUGCAGAGAAUAUCAAAUGCAGGGGAAAGUGUACAUACUGAGCCAAUUAGUGGUGAUACCAUGAAAGAUGUUCAAAACAAGAAACAAUACAUGCCUCAGAAAGAAGAGAGGGACAGAGAAGAACCAGUAGUUGUGAGAGGUUUGACACAUACCACAGCUAGAACUUUGAAGUCAAAGAAAUCAUCUCCUUCAUAUACCCUCCAUAGAACAGAAUUGCAUUUGAACAUUGGAAGGCAAGAACAGGAGAAACAUGAAGGUCAAGGUAAACCACCCAGUACGAUGCUAAGAAAAGUGUAUGUUUCCAAACCUCCUCCAACUAACAUAAAAUUGGAUAAAGGUACACAAGUAGACGAAGAAGGGCUUGGAAUGAAAAGACCCUGUCUGUUUCCACUAAGGCUUUCAGCAUUAUCAGAUGCAGAGAAGAUAGAAAAUACAGAGGCAAUUGGUGGUGAUGUAAGAAAAAGAAAGCAAUAUAUAUCACAGAAAGAAAAAAUGUAUGAAGUAGAUAUGAGGAUCAGGAUGCAACACAAAGAGGCAAGGAUUUCACCAAUUUCACAUAUAUUUAAUACAAAGGAAUUUAUGUUGAAUAUUAAAAAGCUGAAGGAAAAAGUGCACAAAGGUAAUGAUGAACCAUGUAUGGUUCUGACAAGAACUUUUCUUUCCAUCCCAUCAGCACUUCCCCUUUAUCUAGAUUCAGGGAGCAAAACAGACAAAGAUGCACCAAGAGUUACAGGAUCCGCUUGUCCGCAAAAAAAUCUCCAGGAAUCAUUAGAUACCCAGAAAAUAGCUAUUAGAGAAUCAGUUUCUGGUAGUAAAAUCAUUGUUGAAACGGCAGGACACACUGUUCCACGAGAAAAGGAAGGACAAUGGACCUCAAACUUUAUGAUCAGUGUACAGCGAAGGAAUGAAACUCCACAAGUCAAAUCCGAAGGAGAUCUGAGUCAGUUAAUUGUAAAUUCACAGCAUGAAGACAUUUAUUUUACAGGAUUUGAUACCCUAGGAAGUGGAAAAAAGCCGGAGUGUUUCUUUACAGGGCUAGAAGCUCAGCCAGAAAAGUACAAAACAGAAACUUUUACUACAUUUCUUUCCUGCCCCACAAUGGAUCCAACUAAAAUUGAAAAUCUGAAGAUAGAAACUGAAAUAAUGGAUAACUUAAACCAUAAAAUGUGUCCUCCGACUUUAGGUUCACUGCCAAAGGAAAUAUCCAAGGAAAUAUAUGUCACAUUGGGCACCCCUGUAAAUUCAAAAGGAUUUUCUGUUUCUGAGGAAGAUGACCACCAAACAUUAUCAAAAGCAUCACCAGGAUCUGCAGAUUCAUGUAAAUUUGAUAAGCCAGAGAAAGAUGUACAAUGUAAUGAUAAAAUGAGCAAAAUGUUCUCUUCCAAAGCAUUAGCACCACAGAUAAAGGGAUCACUUAAGAAAAUAAAUAUCAGAAAGUCAAAUACUUGCCAAAAUAUAGAAGAACAAGAAAUUGCCAUGAAAAAGCAAGCAGUACAGCGGGCUGAGAGUGGGCACAUCACCAGACUGAACUCUAGCCUUUCUCUUAAGUUUCCACUUCAAAAUGGAAAGCAGAAGACACCCUCAGAAAUAGGUGUACACGAACAAACUACAGUGUACCCUGGAAUACAAAUACUACCAGGAAUACAUACGAGUCUCACAGAGUUUGAUACCAUACAAGGGAAGAAAGAACAGGCAGUGUUUAUUCCAGAACAAGAGGAAUGCAUUCUAGAAUCACUUCAAAAGUCUCCUUUCCUCCGUUGGCCUUUUCCACCUCAAUCUGGAGAACUUAAAGAAAAAAAUAAAACUCACACAAGCACAACUGUAAAUGCAAAGCAAAAAAAAUUAGAAAUGGAAGAUGGGAAAUUAAAAAUAGACACAAACAUAGCUGUCCAUCUGAAAGAGGACAAAAUAGAAAUGCACAAACACACCACUGUCAAUUUGGAGAAGGAAAAAAUAAAAAUGGAUACAAGCAAUACUGUAAACCUGAAUGUUCUCUCUCUAAAAGCAAAGAAAUCUCAAGUUAAGACUCGGGUAAUCACUGAGAUGGCAAACAGCUGCCCAAUCAAGCAAAAACAUAAAAAGGAACUAGAAGUAUCUAAUGCAAAGCAAAAUAUUCAGCCACAAAAAUUAUUUCAGAGACAUAUUCUGGAUUCAUUGUAUGCCUAUAUUCCUCUUUCUCACAAAUUUGAAGGACGGAAAGGCAGAUUAACAAUAGCAGAUUUGAAAAGAGAAUUGUGCCCCACAUUUUUAACUAUGAAAAGCCCAAAGCAUCCAAUUUUACAGAUUCUUGGCGACACAGGACAUGGGACUCCAAGCAAUAGAAAGAAAUUAGAGUAUGACUACAACAAACCAAAAAAAAUAUCUUUGUGGAGUGAAGGUGCCUCUGGAACAUUUAUCAGAAGUCUUUCUAUUUCCAUGAUGAGUCCAUCUCAGACUGAAGAAACAAUAGAAUCUGAGAUGAACCUAAAAAGAGAAAAGAGAAUCUGUGUUUCUAAAUUCCAGGAGAAAUCACCAAAUGCUAAUAAAAGUACUAAGAGAAACAACUCAAGCACUGUUAAAAAAGGGGACCAGAAUUUUACAAACAGAGUUCCAGAAGAUCCCUACCCUUUCGUGGUGGACCAACAGCAAAAGCAAAAACUUCCUAGGGUCAAAUCAGAAGCAAAUCCCAGUAGUGAAAUAACUGAGAAAAGUUUAACUCCAGAAACAGAAGAAAGGGUUGUUCCAGGGCAUGAUAUCUCAAGGAUCAUAAAAGAACCUGACUGGCUUAUGAUGGAGCAAGAAGAAAAGGAGCCAGAACCCAUUCUGACACCCACAGAGUGUCCAUGCAUAUCUGAAGAUCCAAAGGGCAAUUAUGCCUCACUACCCAAGCAUAGGGAUCAGAGUGAACCCAUGCAGAAUACAACCACACAAAACGUCCAACAACAAAAAACUUUUUCAGGAACUGUCCCCAUACCACCCCAAGUUAAAAAUAAUGAAAUAAAAAUAGUGGCAGAUAGUACAAAUGCAGAAAGUUUACUUCUUCUUUAUGAAGCAAUUAAAAAUGUCUUUGAAUCCCAGAUAAAAAGUAUGACCCAAAACAAAGUUUAUGCUGAUAUACUGGAAAAAGUAAAAGUCCAUAAAUCUGAUGAUUGGAAGUCACCACCUUUUGCUUGGGGUCCAGAUACAACAUAUACAACAAUACAUCAAAAAUUGCAGCCAAAACCCAUUUUAAAAUGUUUUUCUCCCAAAUUAAAAAAUAAGCUCGCUAAUCAUUUAGAAUUAAAAGCACGUGAAAUAAAACUGAAUCUGAUACCAGAUAUGGCAAAACAAUCCUUCCAAAAGUUCAACUUGUAUCCCAAACUGGCUGUUUCAGAAGAUAAGAGUUGGAGGCUUUAUCCAAGACAUAAAAAAAUGUACUUUUUGUCUCUAGAAGGUAUUGAUACUGUCAAUCUUAACUUAAAACACAAAUACCAGAAAGAUUCACCUCCUAUCAGCUGUAUGAAGACACUGAUUGUUAAUGUUUCAAGUGGCAGAGAGGAGAAUACUACAAAGUUGAAGAGUAUUAAAAAGCUAGAAAGUGGAACAUCUGCAAUGAUUUCUGCUAAUGAGAUGCCAUUGUCUCAUAUUCUACAGAAAUAUCCAGUAGAAGAAAAAGACAAACUUCUCAUACACUUUUCUGUGAAAACAUUGGAGAUUCAAAUGAAAGCCUUUCCCAGAAUUGUAAUGGAAUCUUACGCAAUGGCCAAUGCUCAGGAUAGAAGGAAAUAUUUAUCUAAAUGUAUUCAUUUUGGUGUCAAAGUACCAAAACAAAAAAACAGAAUUUUGCUAUUUUUUGAGGAAAAACCUCUUCAUCAAAUAGACCUUGAUUUACCAUACAAAAACAUUCAUUUUUGCCUGGGGCUUCCAGUAGAAAGUAUGUCCCCUAAGCCAAAUACACUUCCCAAACAUAUUCUUAAGUUAAACACAGUUGCAGUAUGUAAAGAAGUAGAUAAUAGUGAAGAAAGUGAUAGUCUUUCCAUUGAUAAAGAACUGUUAGAAAAACAUACCUCUUUCAAAAACCAAAGUCCUCAUGAAAACUCAUCAUUGAUCAGAAAAUUCCUGGAACCAACCCUUGUGUGUGCUUCUGACACUGGACAACAUGGAAGAGUGAAGAAAAACACUACAGCCCUUUCAGUGUUAAAAUCUCAUGUGACUCCAGAAAAAGAUAAACAAUGUCACAUAUGGUUUCAAGAAACAAAUACACAUGAAUCUUUUGAUUUAAAGACUCGGGAAAAUGUUCCUAGUUUAGUUGAUUCUCAUUCAAUUCAGAUUUCUGAAGAUUUUACUGAUAGUCAGACAUUUAUUGAGAGUUCAGCCGACUUAGAGGCAAGCUCAGCUCUUGAAGUACAUGAGAGUGAAGAAUGUAUGUUUUUAGAAGCCACCCCUUAUUUAAGUCAGGAAUCACAAAACGUUCUAUUUGAAUUACAGAAAGGCAUUCCUUUGGAAAAUAUUUACAAGAUGAAAAAACUCAAAACUGAUUUGAAACCAUUUUACAGUGAAGAUUCGGGCUCCCAUCAUAGUAGAAGCUGUAGAAAACAUUCCUCAGUUGUGACACCACCUUCCUAUGAAUCCAGCAGAAGCAGGAAACAUAGGUCAUCCUCCAAAAUGCGAUCUCCUAACUGGCUGUGUCACAGUUCACUAAAUACUAUAGAAGCUCCAUUUGUAUCAUCUUCAAACGGUGAAGAGAAACUUUCAUGGAUUACAAGAAACAGAAAAAAUUACUCUUCAGCUCCCUUAACAGAAUCAAAUAUUAAAUUACAUCUUAGAAAAAGCCAAGACAAACCUCACAGACACCCAGACAGCAAAAAAAGAAAGAAGGCCAAAUUUGAUUUAUUUACAAAGAACGUUCAUUGGGACCGUGAUUAUAGCUAUACACCGAGUAAAGAGAAAUGCACAAGAAAGAAGAACAUGUGUAGUUAUGAGUCAGAAAGAGCAGAUUAUUUCCCAAGCAAACGUAAGUCAGCAUCACAACCUCAUCGAGACGCUCUCAACUUCCAUUCUGAAAGAAAACAAAACCAGCCAUUUUUUUAUGUCUGUAUACCAGCAGACUCACUGGAGAUUAUACCCAAAACCAUUCGCUGGACUAUUCCCCAAAAAACUUUAAAGAAGAGAAACUUCAGAGUUCCCCUAGUGGCAAAAAUUUCAAGUUCUUGCAAUAUGUGGAGUUCAUCCAGAAAGAUGUUGGGGUCGCUCUUAGAGGCUUUCAACCCAGUUCAUCAAAAUUGA